AUGGAUCAGUUGACAAAGAUCGCCUAUUGCCUCGACGCCGCUGGCGGGGCGAUGAGCGAACAGGGCAUGCACCUCCUGUAUGAGAAGAAUGGCGAGCUAACCGAGGAGGUGUGGGAGUUUGUGCGUCUCCUGGAAUAUCUAACCGUCGGAAACGGAAUCAAGCCUGGCGCCCCUGCAGCAUACCUCUGGAUUGGCGUCACUGAACAUGAUGACCGGGAGCUUGAGGGGGAGCAAAACAAUGAGGAACAGGACAAGCGAAUUGUAUUCUCUCUUGCCGAUUAUCUCACGUUGAGAUACUACCUCUUCAACAAUGACAAAGACAACUGGGAGGAACAGGAGUUCAGCUAUGCAAGUCACAUUCACCUCGCCCUAGGCAGUGGCUUGACUGGAGGCCUUGGACCUGAUGGUCCUGCCAUAUUCUUCAAUGGCGAGAAUGGCAAGCUACAGACCCUCGUUAUGAAAGGUGACAUUUGGGAGCUUGGUGAUCUUGGCCCUUAUAUCGAUCCCAUGGUUCCUCGACCUGGGUCCCCACUGUCCAUAACGCCAGUCGAAGAUGGAAUCCUAGUCUUUUUCAUCGGCGACAAUGACAUGCUGCACUAUCUGGCAAUCAACCCCCAGACUGGCACUUGGCAAGAUCACUGGCUUGGCCACAUCAUCUUGGAAGCCCCGGUGUCCCGCUUCAAAGUUUUCCGUGACCCCGAAACCAAGUUGUUUGAAGCAUACUUCCUCUCGCAAGGGAAAUUUAUCCGGUUUUCUGGAAAGGGUGGUGAGGGUUGUAAGAAGGAGGUGGGUCAAAUGAACGGGAGGGAGCUCAUUAAGACUGUUAUUAUCCCAAGUUAUGACGAUUACACAGAUGAUGACGAAAGUCUUGACCCUGCCCAGAGGAUUGAGGCUGCUCAUCGUGCUAUUCGACGGACUGUUGCUGCCCGACAUGCUGCUGCCCAGCCUCCUGUUGUCCUGCCUACUGCUAUAACGGGCGUUGAAGAGACAUUGCUGUGGGAUCUGGUCACUCGGACUGAGAAGGGUUAUGGCCUAAAGUCGUCACAGAAAAUGACACGUACCAUAAAGAAUGGCCAUGUGAGCACCAUUUAUCACUCCCGAGUUUAUCCUUUCUAG